UAUCUUUUGUAUAUCCAUUUCAUAUCUUAAACCCUCUUUUGACAGAGGGCCUAAAACCCCCCCAUAUAUACUCCUCCUAUUCCUUAUCUCCGGCCACCGCUGUAGCAUGCCAAUUAAUGUUCUUGCAACGCCGGACUUCCGUAUAAUCAGCAGCUCAGUUUCACUUCCUGUAACCCUAAUCACCAUGAACCACUCAUUAUCGUCAAGAACCAGCCCUGUUGCUUUUUUCCCCAAUAAUAAUUACCAGUCAAUUUCGUCGUGCAAUAACUUAGGGUUUCCAAAAUUAAAUGUGAUUGGCGAAAAGGAGUUACUCGAGUUUAAGGUAAAACAGGGGAGGUCUGAAAUUAUGGCUGCUGCAGGGAGAUUAGUUGAGGAUGAUUGGGUCAAUGAUUUGACUUCUGGUGAAAGGCACUUGUAUAAUGGUGGUGGUAGAGGCGGCGGUUCUAGAGGUGGCGGUCGGGGAGGUUAUACUCGAAAUGAUGAUAGAAAUAACAAUGUAGGAUAUGGUAACAGGGAAAGUAGAGGUGGCGGUAGGGGCGGUUAUACGCGAAAUGAUGAUAGAAAUAAUAAUAAUAAUAAUAAUAAUAAUGUAGUAGGAUAUGGGAAUAGGGAAAGUAGGGGUUCAUUUGGUGGUGGGAAUCGGGGUGGUAGUACGAGAGCAAGAGGGCGAUUCGGGGGUGAAUAUGGAGGUAAGGAACAAGGGCCGAGGAGGGAGAAUGGGAGGGGAGGAGGGGGAGGGAGAGGGAGAUUUGGGGGUGAGGUGCAGAGGAGGAAUCAUGGUUAUACUCGUGGUGGUGAUUCGAGUAAGGAGAGUGGGGGUUGGGGUUCGUUUUUUUCGUCUCCUCAAGGGAGAGAGCCGUAUGUGCGUGAUGCGUAUAGAGAUGAUCAACGCUCCGGGUCUAGUAGGAUAGAUGAUAGGUUUGGUGGUAGUGGUAGGGAAGAUCGUUUUGUGUCGAAUAGGAGAGGUGAUAGGUUUGGUGGUGGUAGGGAUACAAAUAGAGAAGAUCGAUUUGUGUCAAAUAGGAGAGAUGAUAGGUUCGGUGGUGGUGGUAGAGGGAGAGGAAGUCGUGGUGGUGGUGUUAGAACGAGUGUUAAUAGGGGUAUGGAAAGAGGAAGUUUGGUAUUGGCGGAAGAAGAAGGGGAUGUGAACAAUGAUGACGAUGAAGAGGGGGAUGCAAAAUUAAUGGAUAGCUAUAGAGAAUUGUUUAGUGAUGAAGAAGAAAUUGAUGACUUUGAAGACGACGAAGAGGAUGUUGAGGAGGAUGUGGUCUUAGGAAAGGGGAAUUCUGUGAGUUUACCAAAAGUUUCUGGCGAAGGAAAUGAAUCUUAUCUAAGUGAGAGCAGGUUUGAUCAAUGUUUGGUUUCACCCUUGUCUCUAAAAGGAAUAAAGGAUGCUGGGUAUGAGAAGAUGACCAUAGUCCAGGAAGCAACACUUCCUGUCAUCCUUAAAGGGAAAGAUGUGCUGGCCAAGGCUAGGACAGGUACCGGAAAAACCGUCGCGUUUCUGCUCCCGUCAAUUGAAGUAGUCGUGAACUCACCACAAGUUGGCCGUGAUGAAAGAUGGCCCCCAAUCGUAGUCCUUGUCAUAUGCCCUACCAGAGAGCUUGCAAGUCAGGCUGCAAUGGAGGCUAAUAAGUUGUUAAAAUAUCAUCCUUCUGUUGGUGUUCAAGUCGUUAUUGGUGGCACCCGCAUUGCUUCAGAGCAAAGGCGCAUUCAGGCAAACCCGUGUCAGAUCCUAGUGGCGACUCCUGGAAGGCUUAAAGAUCAUAUUAUGAAUACGUCUGGAUUUGCCACUCGGAUAAAGGGUGUGAAGGUUUUGGUUCUCGAUGAAGCUGACCAUUUAUUGGACAUGGGAUUUCGUAAAGAUAUCGAGAAUAUCAUUGCAGCUGUGCCAAAACAACGACAGACACUCCUAUUUUCAGCCACUGUCCCACCUGAGGUUCGUCAAAUCUGUCAUAUUGCUUUGAAAAAAGAUCAUGAAUAUAUCAACACAGUCGAAGAAGGUAGUGAAGAAACGCACACACAGGUGCAACAGAAGCAUAUGAUUGCUCCAUUGGACAAGCAAUUUUCACUGCUUUACACUCUUUUAAAAAAUCAUAUUACGGAUGAUGGUGACUAUAAGGUUCUGGUGUUUUGCACGACUGCCAUGGUCACGAAAUUGGUUGCAGACAUACUCAGUCAACUGAAGUUAAAUGUCCGAGAAAUACAUUCCAGAAAGUCCCAAAGUUACAGGACUCGGGUUUCAGAUGAAUUUCGAAAAUCAAAGGGUCUUAUACUGGUUACUUCUGAUGUGUCUGCACGUGGAGUGGAUUAUCCAGAUGUAACGCUUGUUAUUCAAGUUGGGCUUCCGGCUGAUAAAGCUCAGUAUAUACAUCGGCUUGGAAGAACUGGGCGCAAAGGGAAGGAAGGGGAGGGAAUACUAUUGCUAGCACCCUGGGAGGAAUUCUUCUUGUCUACCCUUCGGGAUAUACCAAUUACAAAAGCUGACCUACCUCUCAUUGACCCAGACACAAAGAAAAAGGUGGAGAGGGCAUUGUCAUAUGUGGACAUGAAAAAUAAAGAAUCAGCAUACCAGGCCUGGCUGGGCUAUUAUAACUCUAACAAAACUGUUGCCAGGGACAAAAGCAGGCUUGUGGAACUUGCCAAUGAGUUCAGCCGAAGCAUGGGGCUUGAUAUUCCACCAGCACUUUCCAAACUUGUGGUCGGUAAAAUGGGACUAAAAAACGUUCCUGGUUUGCGAUUUAAAUAAGAUUUAGAUGUUGUAACAUAAUAUCUGAACUAAUAUUCGCAAGGAACAUGCAAAUUUUUUGUAACGAACCAAUUUGUUUCAUUUCUUGUAAAUUAGUGAAAACUCAAAAUCAUUCUCUUCA